GGCCCAGGAGGUUUGGGCGCGCGCAGCCAGCGCCCGCCACGCCGGGGACCCAGGGACGCGGGCAGGGACGGCCGGCGGCGGGGCCCCGCGCCGGUUCACCAUGGUCGAGAGACGCUUCUCUCGGUUCCUGGAGAAACUCGCCUUCCGGGGCGCGCGCCCCCUGUACCAGCCUCUGCAGAGGAGCGAGUCGGAAACCUUGAUUGACGGACACUGUGAGUUGAAAGCCAUCGAGAGAGAGAAAGCAGUGGUAGCUCUGUCACCCAAGGAGGCGAGCAAAUGCCACAGAGAGGAUUUGGCCAAAGCGUUUUAUGUGGACUUACAGAAGGGGCUCUCCGAGUUCUCCGUGUCGCAGCGCAGGCUGGUCCAUGGCUGGAAUGAGUUUGUCACUGAUCGCGCUGAGCCCGUGUGGAAGAAAUAUCUUGAUCAGUUUAAGAACCCCCUGACCCUGCUGCUCCUGGUCUCCGCCUUGGUGAGCGUCCUCACGAAGGAGUAUGAAGACGCCGUCAGCAUCGCCGUGGCUGUGCUGAUCGUGGUCACCGUCGCCUUCAUCCAGGAAUACAGAUCUGAGAAAUCACUGGAAGAGCUGACCAAGCUGGUUCCUCCCGAAUGUAACUGCAUAAGAGAGGGAAAACUCCAGCAUCUGCUGGCGCGGGACCUGGUCCCGGGAGACGUCGUAUCCCUCUCGACCGGAGACCGGAUCCCGGCAGACAUCCGUCUCACGGAGGUCACGGACCUACUGGUGGAUGAGUCCAGCUUCACCGGGGAGGCGGAGCCGUGCAGUAAGACAGACAGCCUCCUGACGGGCGGAGGGGACCUCACCGCUCUGAGCAACAUCGUCUUCAUGGGGACCCUGGUGCAGUAUGGGAAGGGACAGGGAGUCGUGAUCGGAACAGGGGAAAGAUCCCAGUUCGGUGAAGUGUUUAAGAUGAUGCAGGCUGAAGAGACGCCCAAAACCCCACUACAGAAAAGCAUGGACAAGCUGGGGAAGCAGCUGACACUUUUCUCAUUUGGCAUAAUUGGCUUAAUCAUGUUCACGGGCUGGCUGCAAGGGAAGCAGCUUCUCAGCAUGUUCACGAUCGGGGUCAGCCUGGCUGUGGCUGCCAUUCCGGAGGGUCUGCCCAUCGUCGUCACGGUGACCCUGGUCCUGGGAGUGCUCCGGAUGGCCAAGAAGCGGGUCAUCGUGAAGAAGUUACCGAUCGUGGAGACGUUAGGUUGCUGCAAUGUCAUCUGCUCUGAUAAGACAGGCACCCUGACGGCCAAUGAAAUGACUGUCACCCAGCUGGUAACGUCCGAUGGGCUCCAUGCCGAGGUCAGCGGAGUUGGAUAUAACGGCAAAGGCGCCGUCUGUCUGUUACCCUCAAAGGAGGUCAUUAAGGAGUUUAACAACGUCUCAGUGGGGAAGUUAGUAGAGGCGGGCUGUGCGGCCAACAACGCCGUCAUCAGGAAAAACGCCGUGAUAGGACAGCCCACGGAAGGCGCCCUGCUCGCCCUGGCAAUGAAGAUGGACUUAGGGGAUAUUAAAGAUUCAUACGUGAGGAAAAAAGAGAUUCCGUUCAGCUCGGAGCAGAAGUGGAUGGCAGUAAAGUGCAGCCCCAAGAAUGAGGACCAGGAAGACAUUUACUUCAUGAAGGGGGCCUUCGAGGAAGUGAUUAAUUACUGUACCAUGUACAACCACGGAGGCAUCUCCCUGCCACUGACGCCCCAGCAGAGAGCCUUCUGCCAGCAGGAGGAGAAGAAGAUGGGGUCGCUUGGCCUGCGGGUGCUGGCCCUGGCUUCCGGACCCGAGCUGGGGAGGCUGACUUUCCUGGGUCUCGUCGGAAUCAUCGACCCUCCGCGGGCCGGCGUGAAGGAGGCCAUGCAGGUCCUCUGUCAGUCGGGCGUGUCCGUGAAGAUGAUAACGGGAGAUGCUGUGGAGACGGCGUCAGCCAUAGGAAGGAAUAUCGGCUUGUGCAACGGGACGCUGAAAGCCAUGUCCGGGGAAGAGGUGGACAGUAUGGAGCCGAAGGAGCUGGCUGACCAUGUCGGGAAGGUAUCGGUCUUCUUCAGAACCAGCCCAAAGCACAAGCUCAAAAUCAUCAAGGCUUUGCAGGAAUCGGGGGCCAUCGUGGCCAUGACCGGGGACGGCGUGAAUGACGCAGUCGCCCUGAAGUCUGCGGACAUCGGGAUCGCCAUGGGGCAGGCGGGGACAGACGUGAGCAAAGAGGCUGCCGCCAUGAUCCUGGUGGAUGACGACUUCUCGGCCAUCAUGAAUGCGGUGGAGGAAGGCAAGGGGAUUUUUCAUAACAUCAAAAACUUUGUCCGGUUUCAGCUGAGCACGAGUAUCUCGGCCCUGAGCCUCAUCACUCUGUCCACCGUGUGCAAGCUGCCCAGCCCCCUCAACGCCAUGCAGAUCCUGUGGAUCAACAUCAUCAUGGACGGGCCGCCAGCGCAGAGCUUGGGGGUGGAGCCGGUUGACGACGACGCGCUCCGCCAGCCACCGCGGAACAUCAAGGACACCAUCCUCAGCAGAGCCCUGGUCCUGAAAACCCUGCUGUCGGCCGCUGUCAUCAUCAGCGGGACCCUCUUCAUCUUCUGGAAAGAGAUCCCCGCCGACAAGGCGAGCACCCCGCGCACCACGACCAUGACCUUCACCUGCUUCGUGUUCUUCGACCUCUUCAACGCCUUGACCUGCCGCUCCCAGACCAAGCUGAUAUUUGAGAUCGGCUUCCUGCGGAACCCCAUGUUCCUGUACUCGGUGCUGGGCUCCCUUCUGGGGCAGCUGGCCGUGAUUUACAUCCCGCCCCUGCAGAAGGUCUUCCAGACGGAGAACCUGGGUGCCCUCGAUUUGUUGCUUUUAACCGGACUGGCUUCCUCCGUGUUCGUUUUCUCAGAGCUCCUCAAGCUUUGCGAAAAGUUCUGCUCCAGAGCCGGCAACGCCCAGACUCGCCGGGAAGAUGUAUAGCGGCCCUGCCUGCGCAAAAUCCCCGAAGAAUCUCUAUUUUUAUGUGAAGCUGGGCCUCCCCCAGCCCCCCUUCCGAGGGAUGCUCUUAGGACACCGCUAGGGCCGGUUAGGUCCCUCACUUCAUCCGCCUCUUGGGAAGCCAGCAGGGGGCCGAGGGGGGGGCCACACAGAAACACUCGCUAUUUAUUAAAUCACAGUGAUUUUUA